GCUCCGCCCUUGCUCGUGGGGCGUUCGGGACCUCCCGGCCCCGGCUACUAGACUCUGAGGAUCUCUCCAGGCCCGCGGGCCGGUCUAGACAUGGCCUCGGCCUGGGUGGCAGCCGCACGACGCGGUCUCGGCCGUGCUCUCGGUCUCCUCUUCCGGCGCGGCUACCAUACCGAGCGCGGCGUCUACGGCUACCGGCCAAGGAAGCCCGAGGGCCAGGAGCCCGGGGUCCUGGCGGGCCCCCCAGUUGAUCACGGCCUUGCCAGAUUGGUGACAGUAUAUUGUGAGCACGGUCAUAAAGCUGCCAAAAUCAACCCCCUGUUUGCUGGACAAGCCCUGCUGGACAGUGUCCCUGAAAUCCAAGCCCUGGUGCAGACGCUGCAGGGACCUUUCAAUACCGCAGGAUUAUUGAACAUGGGGAAAGAGGAGGCCUCUCUUGAGGAAGUACUGACCUAUCUCAAUGAAAUCUACUGCGGGCAGAUCUCCAUUGAAACUGCCCAACUUCAGAGCCAGGAGGAGAAAGACUGGUUUGCCAAGAGGUUUGAAGAAUUGAAAAAGGAGACAUUUUCUACAGAGGAACGAAAAUAUCUCUCCAAGCUAAUGCUAGAAUCUCAGGAAUUUGACCACUUUUUGGCCACCAAGUUCGCCACAGUGAAGCGAUACGGAGGUGAAGGGGCUGAAAGCAUGAUGGGCUUUUUCCACGAGCUGCUGAAGAUGUCAGCCUACGCUGGGAUCACCGAUGUCAUCAUUGGGAUGCCCCACAGAGGGAGGCUGAAUCUGUUGACAGGCCUUCUGCAGUUCCCUCCAGAGCUAAUGUUCCGUAAAAUGCAAGGCUUAAGUGAGUUUCCAGAGACUCUCUCAGUGACCGGAGAUGUCCUGUCUCACCUGACCUCCUCUGUGGACCUGGACUUCGGUGCACACCAUCCCGUCCACGUGACAAUGCUGCCUAAUCCGUCGCAUCUGGAAGCUGUCAACCCAGUGGCCGUGGGGAAAACUCGUGGCAGGCAACAGUCGCGACAAGAUGGGGACUACUCUCCAGACAGCUCAGCUCGGCCCGGGGACAAAGUCAUUUGUUUACAGGUUCAUGGUGACGCUUCUUUCUGUGGACAAGGGAUUGUUCCAGAAACAUUCACGCUGUCUAACCUACCACAUUUUAGAAUUGGUGGGAGUGUCCAUCUAAUUGUCAACAAUCAGCUGGGUUACACCACCCCAGCCGAGAGAGGGAGAUCUUCUUUAUACUGCAGUGACAUUGGGAAGCUUGUGGGCAGUGCCAUCAUCCACGUCAAUGGAGACAACCCAGAGGAAGUGGUCCGUGCCACACGGCUGGCUUUUGAAUACCAGCGCCGAUUCCGGAAGGAUGUCAUUGUUGACUUGUUCUGCUACAGGCAGUGGGGCCACAAUGAGCUGGACGAGCCUUUCUUCACCAACCCCGUCAUGUACAAAAUCAUCAGAACCCGAAAGAGCAUCCCAGACACCUAUGCAGAGCACCUUAUUGCCAGUGGACUCAUGGCCCAGGAGGAGGUGUCUGAAAUAAAAUCCUCCUACUAUGCCAAGUUAAAUAACCACUUAACUGACAUGGCCCACUAUAGCCCCCCUGCCACUAACCUGAAAGCCCACUGGCAGGGCGUAGUUCAGCCAGAAGCCAGAAUCACCACCUGGAACACAGGUGUGCCCCUUGACCUCCUGCGGUUUGUUGGUGGGAAGUCUGUGGAGGUUCCAGAGGAGCUCCAGGUGCACAGUCACCUCCUGAAGACGUACGUUCAGUCUAGAAUGGAGAAAGUGAUGGAAGGGACAAAGCUGGACUGGGCUACAGCAGAAGCUCUUGCCUUGGGCUCCCUACUGGCUGAAGGUUUUAACGUCCGUCUGAGUGGCCAAGACGUUGGCCGUGGAACUUUCAGCCAAAGGCAUGCAAUGGUGGUUUGUCAGGAGACCAAUGACACCUAUCUCCCUCUGAACCACAUGGACCCUCAUCAGAAGGGGUUUCUAGAGGUGAGCAACAGCCCGCUGUCAGAAGAGGCCGUCUUGGGAUUUGAGUACGGAAUGAGCAUCGAAAGCCCAAAGCUACUGCCCAUCUGGGAGGCUCAGUUUGGUGAUUUCUUCAACGGUGCCCAGAUCAUCUUUGACACAUUCAUCUCUGGAGGAGAGGCCAAGUGGCUGCUGCAGAGUGGCAUCGUUAUCCUCCUUCCACACGGCUACGAUGGGGCUGGGCCAGACCACUCCUCUUGCCGCAUAGAGCGUUUCCUACAGAUGUGUGACAGCAGAGAGGAGGGGGUGGAUGGAGACACUGUGAACAUGUGUGUGGUUUACCCCACAACCCCCGCACAGUAUUUCCACUUGCUUAGAAGACAGAUGGUCCGGAACUUCAGAAAACCCCUCAUCGUUGCUUCUCCUAAGAUGUUACUCAGGCUCCCUGCGGCUGUGUCAGCUCUUCAAGAAAUGGCACCAGGAACAACAUUCAAAGUGCUCAUUGGAGACUCGUCUGUGGAUCCAAAAAAGGUUAAGACACUGGUGUUCUGCUCUGGCAAACAUUUCUAUGCCCUGGUAAAGCAGAGAGAAUCCCUGGGGGCCAAGAAGGACACCUUUGCCAUCAUCCGCAUAGAGGAGCUUUGCCCCUUCCCCCUGGACUCUUUGCAACAAGAGCUGAGCAAAUACCCGCAUGUGAAAGAUCUGAUUUGGAGUCAGGAGGAACCUCAGAACAUGGGUCCAUGGUCUUUUGUUUCUCCAAGGUUUGAAAAGCAAUUGGCCUGCAAGCUCCGUCUUGUGAGCCGUCCCCCUUUGCCAGUGCCUGCCGUGGGGAUUGGCACAGUUCACCUGCAGCAGCAUGAGGACGUCCUCACCAGGACCUUCACCUGAUGACGACUUUUGGACAACUACUACUUCCUGUUAAGAAAACUAUCCUAAAAAGCAGGCCUUGCUUUUUAUGAAAUGACUGUAUUCCUCUAAGAUGUUGGGAUGGAUAUGAACAAUUUAAUUGGGAAUAGUUGAAACAAUCAGGGGAAUAGGUUAUAAAUACAUAAAUAUAAGCAGUGAAUGAAUCCUUGAUAUUUCUGUAGAGCCAUGGUCUGGUUAGAUCUGAAUGAGUUGGAGAACUAGGUCAUUCUCUAGAUGAUUUCAGACUCUAAGUAAUCAUCUCUGACCAGGAAAAGUUCUUGAGCCUGAAUUUACAGCUACAUGUAGAUGACCUCAGUGCUGAGUCUUGACUGGUUUGAUGAAUAUCACUUUCAUUAAUUUUCCCUUUUCAAAGUCCUGUGAUCACUAAUAUUUUAUUUUAUGUAAACUCACGUGCUAUUUUCUCACCACUGUACAAAAUGUUUCACCAAACACUAGCACAACCAGAUUAAGACUAUUCCUAAUUUGUGUUCCUUAAGGUAGUAAGAAGUUUUACCCAUUAUCCAGAAAUCUAGGUGCUAUUAGAUUUAAGUCUCUGGGUGUAUGAUUUUCUAGUGCUAUAGUUAGCUAGAAAUGAAAUUGAUUUGUGAUCUAUUUUGCUAUAAUCUGUCUCUCUUUUCAAAUUGUUGUUGUGGUGACAUGUUAACUGUAUUUAGCCAAUUUGGGUGUUUGAUAUGGGAUUUCAGCCUCUGGUUAAUCAGUCUUGCCUCUACGGGUCCCUGCUACACCAUGAUGUUUAUUUAUGAUAUUUGAAGAGCACUUUAACAGGGGAUCCUUCACAAUACCAGGUGCUUGGGGAUUUCUUAGAGCUCACCAAUCCAGCUCCUCAGUCUGAAAUUACACCUAGCACUGGAAGCAUCACUAAACAGCAAACCAUGUGGCCCUAUUUUACUCAGUGUUAUGGAGCAGAGCCUCUGCCAUCUACUGUUCUGGUGUCAUUACAACUACUCCACAACUACCAGCAACUGGUCAAGUCUUUCAGAAUCCCUGUUUGUAUUGGUUGUGCUGGCCAUAGCGGUAGAUUUAUGAGUCAGAUCUUAGACGUGUGCUUUUUUUUAGUGUGUUGAUUUAACGUUUCUAUAGCAUUGAUGUCCUUUCUCUUCCUACAGACCUCAGUGCAUCCUUCCUGUGACAAAGCUUAUAAAAUAAAUCAAGUAAUUUAGCACCACUCAUGUAAAUCAGGUAAAUUACAAAGCUCUAUUGAAUGAGAGAAGUUAUCAAUAUUGUAUAUUUAAUUAGAAAAAAAUAAAAGCACAAUGUAAUUUUUUCCCCUUAGGUCUCUUGGUUUCGUGAAACAAAAGUCUAAGAACAAAUUGAGUUGGAAGAUUAGGUCUGUCAUUUUUUUUUUUUUUUUCAAGUUUAGAUCUUUCCAAAUUUCUUGCUAAAUUUAUACAUCGCAAGUCUGUUUAUGAUUUCUUGUUACCUAUUCUCCAGCUUGAACCAUAAAAUGUGUCUUGUGUUACGUUAAUCCUCUUAUUCUCAAUAACUACUGGAAUAUGAAUCACCAUUUUAAUUACCUUGCAGGAAAGGACCAUUUGGAGAAUUCUUGUCUGUAUUAUCCAUCUAUGCCAAUGUCAUGUCCAAUGAAAAAUAGAACUAAAAUUGAGUAUUCAAUGAGUGGCAAUAUUAGCAACCAUGAAAAAAAUUUUAAUUUUGAUGCAUUAGUAGUAGUAAAAUUUUCCUUGUAAGAAUUUUCUCAGUUUUAUAAAUACAUGUUGUUUGGGGAAAAUAUUCCAAAGCAUGGACUUAUUUAGUGUGGCUGUAUUACCUUUGAAAUUUUAUUACUUUAAAAAAUUCCUUGACUGACAAUAGAAACAGUUUCUCCUUUUCAAAAUGAAGGAAAUAAGGGCUUGCACAGGAAGAAAGUCACAGAUUAAGAAGUAAGACUUUUGGGUCUUCAGUUUCUAAAAACUUCACCUACAUUUUUCUUGGAGAUUUUUGGGUAUUUGGUUUUCAUCUUUAGCUUCUCCUAGAGUCCAUAUGAAACUAUCAUAUUUUGGGGAAAUUUGGACAAAAUGUUUAUCUUCAAUAUUUAUUAAACAUUAUUAUAUAAAUUAAUAACUCCUAAAUUACUCUAUAGAAAUAGUAAUUUUGCUAGCCCCCUGGGAGGCUGGGGUGGGUGAAUUGCCUGAGCUUAGUAGAUUGAGACCAGCCUGAGCAAGAGCAAGAUCCCAUCUAUAAAAAGUAGUCCAGGCAUUAUGGUGGAUGCCUAUAGUCCCAGCUAUUUGAGGCAAGAGGCUCUCUUUGAGCCCAAGAGUUUGAGGUUGUGAGCUCUACUGAGUGCAACAAACUAUGACUCUGCCUCAAAAAAAAAAAAACAAAAAAAAUAAAAUA